UAUCCGGGCAACGCGGUCUUCCAGACCGUGCGAUGAGUCCAAAGCCGACGGGCCGGGCCCCUGCGCGUCGCUCUCGCGUUCCACUCCCACGCGGAUCACGAACAAAAGAGAGCUCCUGAACGGGCUGGACGGCGGGCGCCGUCGCACUACUAUGGCACAUGGAGCAGCAUCAGGCGCCGCCGCGCGGGCGGGCAGGGGCUCGCCGGGGACGUGGAGGCGGGUGCGGAGGGCGGCGCGGGAGGCGGCGGCGCACGCGCUGCUGCUCUGCUUCACCACCCUCCUCGCCCUCAGGCUCGACGGCGUCUUCUUCUCCCGCUCCUGGUGGGUGCUUUUCGUUCCUCUCUGGUUGUUCCAUGCUGUCGUUGCUCGGUAUAGAUUCUCAUUGCCUGCUCCUUCGUUGCUUCAAAAUUAUCAGCGUAUUCCAUGCCAUUCCAUUGUUGCCACGCCCUUGCUAGUUGCGUUUGAACUGCUUCUCUGUAUCUACCUGGAAGGUCAGGGUGAACCUUUUCUAGAUUUAAAGCUUGUUUUCCUUCCACUCCUGGCCUUGGAAAUUAUUACAUUAGUUGACAAUUUCAGGAUGUUUGGUGCUCUAAUGCCUGGACAUGGGGAAACAAUCACUGAUGAAGAGAUAUGGGAUAGGCUUCCUCACUUCUGGGUUGCAAUUUCCAUGGUGUUUCUACUAGCAGCUACUUCACUCAUGCUUCUUAAGCUAUGCGGUGAUGCAGUUACUCUGGGAUGGUGGGAUUUAUUCAUUAACUUUUGGAUUUCCCAGUGCUUUGCUUUUCUUGUCUGCAUAAGGUGGUCCAAUCCAAUGGAUAUUGGUGGCCCUGUACUGAUAAUUCCUAUCGUAAUUUCUCAAGUUCUCCUAUGUAUGCGCUUAGAGGGUACUCCAUCUCAUGCACAGUUUAUCCCAGUUCGAGCUAUUUUCUCACCUAUACUUUUGCUCCAAGUGGUUGCUGUAUUGUUUGCCGCUUGGAGAUUCUUUGAAAGGCUUGUUAUUAAAUUACAAGAUGGAAUUGUUAGUGAAAGAUAUAUUUCUGUCUCAUCAAAGAUUGAUGAGUUGUUUAUGAUGGUACAAUAUGGUUCAAGGCUCAUUACGUGGUCUAUUGACGAAGAUAGCAAAGAGGAACAAGCACAUUUAUGCUAUACAAAUAACAUUGGGUACAGUACAUUUUGCAGUUACCCCCCCGAGAUGGUAAAAGAGAUGCCGAAAAAAGUUCUUGUCAAAGAGGUGCAGAGACUUCAGUUAGCAUUGGGAGAGCAGAGCAAAAUGGCAAAGCUUAGCCAACAGCAGUGUGAGAGGCUAAAGAAUGAACGUAUCUUGUGUCGUAUUUGCUUUGAGAGGGACAUCGGCAUUGUUUUGCUUCCAUGCCGCCAUCAUGUUCUAUGCGAACCCUGCUCUGACAAGUGCCAAUCAUGCCCGAUUUGUCGAGUGCCUAUCGAGAGCAAGUUAUCCGUUAACGAUGCAGUGAAUUCAGAUGAGCCAUCAAGCGACAUCGUCUAGAAGUUGACAUGUUGACCAUAGCAUUAGAACAUCAACUUGUUGUGCCAGCAACACACUGAUUGCCAGCAGAGGAAGACAAACUAUUCCGGCUAUGGAUGAAGUCGAAAGGAAAGCUAGGAUAAGUUUCGUCUCGGAGUUGUCGAGAGGGCAAUCAAGAGCCGUACCGCGUGCGCAAUCCCUCUUCAGCGAUAGUAUUACAGGAAGAAAGUGCGAGCUCGUUGAUUCUCAUCCAUAUAUGGCGCCAGCACGAAUAACCACUCGAAUCGCCGAAUUUCCUGGCGAAAGCUGCCAGAUGUGUUGCACCUGGACAGUUGUUUUUCAGCAAGGGUGGUUCUUAACAGCUGACAGGGGCACUCGAGGUUGUUCCAACUGUUUUUUUUAUAGAGUACAUACAAAAGACCUCACUUCAUCGGUUCUGACGAGUUAAUGGGCUGUUUGCAGCCAAGUCGCGGCUCUUUCCAUUUUCCCAGCAUAGUUAGUUACCCAUCUUUCUUGUUUUUUCUUUUUUUGACUAUUACCCAUCUUUCUUGUAAACAAGCAAGCAUUUGUGCCUAGUACCUUGGUGCACAUAUGUAGAUAGACGAGGCAAUAAUGUGCUGCUCCCCAGUUGGUUCUUUCA